CUCCAGAUCACGCCAAAAAUAGCAAAACCGUAUCAGAACCAAUCCUCAGCCGUUGGAUCUCUCCCUCGAUCUUAUCUAAAUACAUCACCGCCGCUGACGGCAUCACUCGCAACUUAAUAUCCUACCCCAAAUAAUUCAUCCUCGCCGUCUGAGUCGGAGUUCGGUUUGUUUGAUCCACAAAACACGAACUCGCAACUAAUUUGUCUAUUUUUAGACAAACCAUGGUUAAGUGUCUAGUCAGCUAACUCAACCUCGGUUAGUUGCCCCUAUAAAGGCUGGACUAUGUACGGUGCUGCGGAGAGAUCAAUCACUCAAUAGUAGUUCUCAGAGGCAGAGACGGAGAAAGAAUUCCGUACAGAAAGAUAAGAUGGCGACCGAUUCAUACGAGGAGGCCAUUGCAGGACUCAAGGACCUUCUGAGUAAGAAAGGGGAGCUGGGGGACGUUGCCGCCGCAAAGAUCAAGAAUUUAACUGCAGAGCUAGAGGCAACUGCUGCCAGUAAUUUCGACCCGGUUGAAAGAGUCAAAACCGGAUUCGCUCAAUUCAAGACGGAAAAAUUCGAGAAAAAUCCUGACUUGUAUGGAGAACUUGCCAAAGGCCAGAGCCCCAAGUUUAUGGUAUUUGCCUGCUCAGACUCUCGUGUCUGCCCUUCCCAUAUCUUGGAUUUCCAACCUGGGGAGGCCUUUAUGGUCAGAAACAUCGCCAAUAUGGUUCCUCCAUAUGACCAGACAAAGAAAUACUCCGGAGUGGGGGCGGCAAUUGAAUAUGCAGUAUUACAUCUAAAGGUUGAAAACAUCCUUGUCAUUGGACACAGUUGCUGUGGAGGGAUAAAGGGCCUCAUGUCCAUUCCAGAGGACGGGACCACUGCUAGUGAUUUCAUAGAGAAUUGGGUCAAGAUCUGUAUGGCCGCCAAGUCCAAGGUGAAAAACGAGUAUAAAGACUUAGAGUUCGCAGAACAGUGCAAGAAUUGUGAAAAGGAGGCCGUGAACGUAUCGCUGGGCAAUCUAUUAACGUAUCCAUUUGUGAGAGCGGGCGUGAUGAAUAGAACCCUAUCACUAAAGGGAGCACACUACGACUUUGUCAAUGGCUCCUUGGAAAUUUGGAACCUAGACUUCGGCGUCACCGCUUCUCAAUCUGCAUGACCAUAUAUAUAUAUCCACGUUCUUUUCUUAGUCUUCUUUUCAUAAAAGCUGUUUUGCUGCAGUCCAAGCCAAGCCCCGUCUGCCAUCUACCUGUCCAAAUAAUGCCAGCCGAUCGACGACUCGUCGGCUCUGGCACAUUUACGUGUAAGUCUAUACUUAAAAAAAAAAAUCUGCUUUUGUAAAAUUUCUAAGUUUGAUGUUUGGUGCUCUCAACUCUUGCUUGUACUUGAACCAAGCAACUCAUUUUAUAAAUUUCAUUUGACCAAGUUAAUUAUGACUUGAUUAAUCAAUACAGCCUUAAUUUAUUCAAAA